AUGAUGUGUAGACCCCAUCGACCCGUCAUCAGCGCCUUGUUAAUUGACAUCUCGGGGACGCUUCAUGUAGGCAAAACACCAACUCCAAAAGCAGUUGACGCAUUUCAUAGACUCAGAGAGUCAUCUAUCCCUUUCCGACUCUGUAGCAACUCGAGCAAAGAGUCGUCGACAGACCUCGCCAAGCGUUUGGAGAGUUUGGGUUUCGAAAUCUCCUUCCAGUCUAAGAAGGAAGAUUUUGUCUAUCCUGGCAGUCACAAUUCGCAAAUACUAUGGACAAGCAUUGCUGCUGCUGCUCAACUUGUCAAGAAUAUGAACCUUGAAAAGCCUUUGUUGCUAUUGUCCGAGUCUGCUGCAUCAGAAGUAUUGUCUCAGUUGUCCCCAAACGGCCGGAGUGCUUUGGAAUCCGUCGAUAAUUGUUAUGACUCUGUCGUUGUUGGACUUUCCCCCUCCUCCUUCGAUUAUGGUCACCUCAAUGAAGCCUUCCGUGUGCUGAAAGGAGAACAUAAAUGCAAAGUUCAUGAUCAGCAAGCCACUCCAUCAGUCCCAUUGAUCGCAACACACAAAGCAAAGUAUAUUCAAACAGACGAUGGUCUAUCCCUAGGUCCCGGCCCAUUCGUCACGGCACUUGAAACAGCGACCGGUGUAACUGCACAUGUUGUAGGAAAGCCUAGCAAAGCAUUCUUUAACAUGGUUAUCGAUGAUAUCAAAUUAUCAGAACCACUCAGCGACCCUGCCAAGCUUGGCAAAGGGGCCGCCACUAACGACAGGGGCAAGAUCGCCGUGAUUGGCGACGACGUAGAAGCAGACCUUGGGGGCGGUGCCGUUGAGCUUGGCCUAUGGCGGGUACUAGUGAAAACAGGAAAGUACCGGCCAGGCGAUGAAACAAGAAAAGGGAUUGUUCCUCCGGAUGAAAUUUACGAUUCUUUUUCCGACUUUAUCGAUAGCCUUUUGAAGUAA